AUGAGAUUUGGUGCAUGGAAAAUUCAAGCUUGGAACGUUCUCGGUGAUUCUGAGGAAAUCAACUCAUGGUACAACCAGAUACAGCUUUGUUGUGAACUCUCGGUAACUACGCAUCAAGGUCACUGUAAAAACUUCAUACUCAUGGAAGAUCUUCAAUCCUAUGACGGGGUGGUGGCUGUCGGAGGAGAUGGGUUGUUUUCGGAGGUGCUACAUGGGCUUUUGUAUCGGGCACGCACUGACGCAAAACUUCCCCUAUACAAGCAGCACAAGCCCUUUUCCUUGGAAGUGACGCCUCGGCUCCGAGUUGGGCUUAUUCCUGCCGGUAAGGAUACGGUCUUGGGUGCAACUCUUUGCUUGUGGCAUUUGCGUGAGGUAAGUGGAACGAGUAAUGCACAGCCUUGGUUUGUUCUAAUGGAUAAGUUUAAUGAUUACGUUUCCGCGGAGUAUUUGUUGGAAAACACACCGGAUAAAUUGCGGGCCAUCUACGGGGACGCCCGAGUUAAGACAGCUGGACUUAAAACAGGAUGCAGAAUUGAGGUUACAAAACGUGUUCUCAGACGACUUGUCUCACCUGGAAAUUGGACUCGGCUGUCCAUUCUUCGGGUAACUGGUCCUGACGAUCAGUCCAUUGCUCAGUUCAAUCGUCUCAUUGAAGCCUGCAUUCCGAUACACUCGAACCGAAGGGAGUACCCAAGACGAGCUUCUUUGACUUUGUUGGCAAGACCACCCACUCUUGCUGAAUCCAGAUUUGCAAGAGGUUCACCUCAAUCAUAUCUUCAGAUGAGCCCUGUGCAAAGAUAUGCUGACACUCCGUCAGCAGCAAGCAAUCAUCUGAACGAUUGUUUUCAAUCUUGCGACCAAAAAGCCGGUUCAGGUUCACGUGAAUUUGGUGUGAGUGCUUCCAAAGAACAUGCUCACUCUGGGUCAGUUUCUUGUAACAAUACUCCUCAAAGUAGAAGUGAAACUGUUGCUCUUUCUCGAAAGACUGCGUCGCAUAGCCGUUCAGAAGCCACACCGAAACCGAAACCUCGAGGAUUAUAUAGGCGUCUUAAUGACAGCUGUCUGUUGAGUUCGCCUCCAAAAGAAAUGGUUAUUGCCCAUAAGAGGAUGGCAGCUUCUCAUCGAUCAAGACCGGAAAGUAGCGGAAUCUCGCUUCAUUUAUCCGAGAAGCAUCGAAAUAGGGAUCUAUCGGUUAGUGACCGCACCACACUAAAUGAUGUGACUUCUGUCAUAACUGAUCCAGCAACAGGUUUAGGGUACCUUCGACGUUCUAAUGUUCGAAACGCUUCCACUCUACCCAAUUCUAAGAGGUUGCAUCUUUCAAGAAGUAAGAUUUAUGAACUGGAACAUCAUCCAACGCAAGAACUUGGUUCAGAUUCCCCGAGAAAGCCCCGACGGCCGCGCUCAUUGGGUGCACGAAACAGAGUACAGUCCAGUUCUGAUAUUUUAUUUGGUGUAAAGAGGGAAGUCAGUCAUCGCUCGAAGAGUCCAACAAAAAAAGAAAUUAAGGAUGCGCCGCAAGCGCUUGCACCUCUAGGGAAUCUGAGCGUCAGAACUAGGCUUAGAAAAUCCAAGCGAAGUCGAAAGAGUCCACUCCCAGAGCGAAUUAUCACACAUAGCACAAGUCCACACGAUAUAUUAACUUCAGAUUAUCAUGAAUGGGGCAAAGUAAAAUCUGCUAAACGUACUCCAUCGAUAUCACCAUAUAAAUUAUCCGAAAAGGUCAGGCACGAGUCACGCUCGUUGAACAAGAUGGCAGUAAUAGUCGAUAAUGGCGGGAAGGACUUUGCUGAACCUGAUGGUAAUACUCAUGGAAUGAAAUCCACUACUUCCGAAUAUUUGUCCGAAUCAAGAUCGCAGGCUAACCGCACUACUGAAAGCUCGGUGGGCAGGGAGGUUCAUGCAGAUUUUGGUGGGAUUAGCGAAUCUAUCGAUCAGACAUCGAAAUCCCAUCUGGAUCACAAAACUGAUGUUGUGCCCAACUUAGGGACUCCGAGGGCUCAUCUACCUGUUUCACCGACACUUAUAGAUGAAUUAGAAAUGCUUGAUUCGUCGAUAGACCUUGUAUCGGUUAUUCAGAAUAAAAACUUGAAUCCUACGAUUGAAAAUUAUUCUGAUUUGCACCAGCUUGUUGAACACGAAAAAUAUGUAACGACUUCGGUGGCGGAUAUAUUGCAGAUGGAUUUUAGCACAGUAGCUAGUACUUCGAUGAAUGACACCGGCGCUCUAACGCCCCCACCAUCCACAUCUCUGAACUCCAACAAGAUCAAAGGGACAACCGGUUCAUUGGUUUAUAAAUCCGCAGCUGGUACAGGUACGACGAGGUAUCACCUUGAUGAACAUUUCGAAAACAAUCUAGAUAAUCAACCGGAGCUCCUAAUUCCUAACAACCGGGAAACUACUGGGGUUCCAAGCCUUGAACAGCUCGCUGAGUUUUCAGAAAAUGGGAGACCUGCUUCAUAUUUAAACGAUUUUUCUGCGGGCAGGAAAUUUCUGCAUGGAACAGAGGUUCUGAUGACGGUCUCACCAGCAGCAAUCCUGUUGUUUGCUAAAGACGAGGCAAUUGAUUUACCUUGUGGUAUUCUAUCUCUAUUACAGUUCCCAGAAUACGAGGAAGGAACAACCGUGAGGGUUGAGACACGUCAAAGGGUCUGUCACCUUGUCGAGCACGUGAUUAGUGUUUUGAGCGAAGAGGCCAUGCCUUCACCAAUGUCCACCUACGGAAUAAACUAUUCAAAUGCCGAACUUGAUUGGAAUAGAAGCGGUGAUCUUCUGAAAUUUAAGCCCCUGUCAAGUCUUGCUUGCUGUACCGCUAAUGUCACAACCAUUAGCGAGAUGUUACCAACCCAUUCUGAAGCUUUGAAGGACUCCGUUUUAAUACAUAGUUUAGGCAAUUCUCAGUGCCUGUCGUCUGAUUCCUGUAUGAACAUUAAGGAUGUAAUGGGUUCUACGGAGUUGGCUAGAGGUAACCCAGGCUGUGAAGAUGUUGACGACCGUCCUAACUGUGCAUGCGGAUUAGGAAUGAGCAAAAGGAUGGAUGUCGUCGAAGAUUCAGGUUUUUGUACGGAAAUCUCUGGAAGGCAUGAAUCAUUGCCAACGCCUCCUUCUGAAUGCCAACUUCUGAUUCUACCUUGUGUUGAUGAUGCUGUUGAUCAAACACAAUUCCUACCGCCUCCUCCUUCCCCAAACUCUGAGCUUGCGAAAUGUGAUGAUCAUGGGUUUUCAAAAAAUGUGGAAAACUGCGAAGAUGUGAGUCGCAAACAGCCACCGGAUACGGAUAUCUUGAACACGUGCGAUGGCGUUUGCCUUCCAGAAAAUUGUCAUUCCGCUUCUACGCCAUUAUUUCAAAAGGAAAUAGAUGAAAAUGCUUGUACUGUGGGGAUGCGUAACGCCAUUCAAAAUCGCAUAGAUAAUGUGGUCGAGGGUGCUUCAUUUUCCAUUAAUAGAGAUGCCUUGGAAGGUGCUACCUCAUCAUUGGCCUCCUUCUCGAUAAAGUUGAAUUCACCAUCUUCGUCGUCACCGAAACAAGUGGUAAUUCAAACGUCACUUCUCAACACAAAAAACAACUUGAAAUCUCCAGGCCAUAACUCACUCCCCUCCUCGACUUCGUCUAUUCCAUUGGAUCUCCCUGUUCCAAGCGGACCUGAGUGUGAUCUGAUGCAGCUGCGGCAACCGAAACAGGACCGUCGCAUCAAAAGUGCAGGCGCCUCACCACUUCAUUUCGAUGUAUUGAUUGACAUCUCAGCCCCCAGAAGUGCACAGUAUCAUGGCAAUAACAGCUUCGGUUUACCUCAAAACUGCCAUGCGUCUACGGUGGUUUCAGUGGAUCUAGAUGAUGUUGGUACUCAAGAAAACACUCACAAUGCGACGGAGCUUAGUAACAGAGGGCGAAUGGAAUCGCCAAUUUCUAUCACACUCAUAACUGAGCUUCAAGGAGAGGGUUGUGGCACAAGUACUUUAGAGUCCUUUUUCCGAGUUGCAGUUCCUUUUAAAGCGAAAUUCUUCCAAAAUGUUUUAGGUUUUGAUAUUGGAGUCGAUGUGCUGGGGAUUCAUGACGCAUCAACCAAAGCGUUCCUGCGUUACACAGUUUCCCUCCUGGGUUAUGGCUUUCAUGGUGAUAUCCUUGAACCAAGUGAACGACUCCGGUGGCUUGGUCCUCCUCGAUAUGACUUUGCUGGUGCCAUCAAAUGGCUGAAAUUAGCCUGCUACAAAUGUCGCAUUGCUUACCUCCCAUCAACUUCUUCCACUCCGUUUGACGAAAAAAUCUGUGUCGCCUCGUGUCCGAUAUGCCUUGCUUCGGAUGGCGACCACGAAGGGAACGCCUGGACUGUUAGAGCUGGCCUACCUAUGACGUCCAGUGAGGUAAGGCAGGCCGACGGGCCCGGCAUCCAAACACAUCCUACCACCUCGAGCCUCGUGGACUCCCCAACCCUCUGCUUCCACCCUCCGCACACCAGUUCGGUACAUCCAAACCUUUCAGCUCAGAACAACUUGAGCGCGGAGGUGACAGAGAAGAGAAAUGACUCAUUAGGUGAGGAAGGAGAGGAAUCGGAAAGCCAAGAAAAAGGAUUAACAACCAGGUGGCAAGUGAUAGUAGGCGACUUUGUAGCGGUCAACGCCUUCCUUAUCUCCUGCCGCUGCGCCAAGUCGCCUUUGGGCCCCGCUCCCGCUGCACACCUCGGUGACGGCUUUCUUGACCUUGUCCUCGUGCGCCGAUGCUCGCGCAUGAAGUACUUGCGCUACCUCGUUAAGUUAACUAACCGUCACUGGAAGCGCAAGUCGGAGCAUCUCCAAAUGCCCUUUGUCGAGGCUUACCGGGUGCGAGCCUUCCAUUUCGAAGCCCUCAAUCGCUAUGGCUGCCCUGUGGCCCCUGAUGAGACCGUGGGUGAGGAUACCUCGGUCUGGUGUGUCGACGGGGAGGUUUUGUGCAAUCCUAACAUUAUUUGCUGGUGCGUUCGCGUACACUUCCUCCUAUCUUCUCUUAUUUCACUAUGA